CACACGUCUCUUCCGCUUCCUGUGAAAGGUCGCUGUGACCGGUGUUGCAGUCUCGACUCAUCUGAGCCGCUUCCGCCGCCAUGUUGUCCCUGUCCGCCCGCUCUGGGGCCCUCUUCCCCUACCUGUCCGCUACCCACUACGCCGUGGCCGGGCAGCUGAAGCCUCUGGUGUCUGGGGUGGUCACGCACGGUGAGAAGGUGCUGCUGGACGCGAAGAGACCUUCCUUGUGGGGGCAAAGCGCCGGGGGGGAGAUCUACGCUACCGUCAGGAUCAGCGGUCCUUCCUCCGUUCGCUUCUUGCACACUGAUGUCACAGUCCCAGAAUUCUCAGACUAUCGCCGCUCACAAGUUACCGACAGCAAAAAGUCCUCGCAGCCCAGCGGCGAAGCGAGGAAAGGCUUCUCUUACCUGAUCACCGGCGCCACCACAGUCGCCACGGCCUACGUGGCAAAGAACGUAGUCUCCCAGUUCGUCUCCAGCAUGAGCGCGUCCGCCGACGUCUUGGCCUUGUCGAAGAUCGAAGUGAAGCUGUCGGACAUCCCGGAAGGCAAAAACAUGUGCUUCAAAUGGCGGGGCAAGCCUCUGUUCAUCCGUCACAGGACGGCCAAGGAGAUCGAGCAGGAGGCCGCCGUCGACUUGGGCGAGUUGAGGGACCCGCAGCACGACCUCGACAGGGUGAAGAAACCCGAGUGGGCGAUCCUCAUCGGGGUCUGCACUCAUCUUGGCUGUGUGCCCAUUGCCAACGCCGGAGACUUUGGCGGGUACUAUUGCCCUUGCCACGGCUCCCAUUAUGACGCAUCUGGCAGGAUUAGGAAGGGCCCGGCGCCUCUGAACCUGGAGGUUCCCGACUAUGAGUUUCCAUCUGAAGACCUUGUAAUAGUUGGAUAGACUUUUGCUGUUGGCCUUUACGUGUUCCUAUCUUCACAACCUUAAAUGCUUUUAAAGAUCGGUGUUAAAUAUUUUAAUAAGUCAUCGCACUCGAUAUGAAGAUCUCUCGUUUCUGCUGUACAGAGUGAUCGUAGAGUGUCGGCUGUGACAUCCUGUACAAAGAAAACAUUAAAUUCUGACUUUACAGA